UACUUUAUUGAAGAAUUCCUACUGUUGACCAAUCACCGACGAAGGGGCGUAGACUUCGGCUCCGAAUUUAGGCUUGCCUCUAGAAAAGAUGUCGUGUGCCCGAACAGCCGAAAACCCCCUCACUGAAGUCAAAAACGAACUAAACGACACAAAAUAUCGUCGUGAUAUGUGCACGAACUCUUCCGAACUGUUUCGGCUGGGAAGCAUGCGGACGCUGAAGCUUCUCUGGCUAGGGUAGGGACGUCCCAAGGAUCCCGGGUAGCACUAACCAUUUCAUCUGUAGCACUGCUAGCCGUGAGAGUGACUUUCAAGAGUUUGCUAGAUUUUGGAUAUGAACUUUCACCACGUGGCAUGGAAUGUAUUUUUCAUGCAACUUGUGACAAACUCUACUAAUUUCAUUUUAGUGGCCACAAAUAUACUUAUGUACAUAAAACAUUUUUUUUUUGGCUCGCUGCCUAAAGGGGUGCGGCUGUCUGAGACUGUAAACGAUACGUGUACGCCGCGGUGCUGGACGGGUGAACCAGGGAACAUACAAAACUACAGAGAGAAGAGCGACUCGCCCCGGACCCUCUGGCCACCUCGGAGAGCCAGGAUCCACCACAGUCCAGCAGCGACCCUCUGACUUGGAAUAAAAACUAGCAAGCAAGCAAGGCAACUCAACUCCCUGAAAACUUUGCAAUUACCGCCAGACAGAGGAAGUUGGUGGAGGAUUAUCAACGCAUGCAUACUUUCAUGGAGUAGUCUCUGUCCACCCUUGAUCAGAUUAGUACUCAUCACACACACCCCUACAAGCCACCAUGGAGGAUGACCUGAUGUUUAGUAUGGAGGAGGUGGGCAGUGCCCAGCAUAACCUGGGGAAACAGAGGACCCCCGGUCAACGUGCUCCGUCCCUUAGCAACGCUAACGAUAGCGGCGAGGACGAGGACGACUACUACAUCUGUCCCAUCACAGACGACCCUGUCAGCCAGGCCAAAGACAUCUGUGGCUAUCUGAAUAACCUGGUCAACAGCAAGAAGCUGUCCAACUCCCCCCGAAACUCCUUCACCUACAAGAAUGAAACAGAAACAGAGAAUGAAACUCCACAACAACGGUCGGUCGAGUUUGAUGCGUUAUCUGACAAUGCACGGGUGGCGUGGAAUAGAGCCUUAGAGAAGGCCAAGGCCAUGCCUGAUCCCUGGGCUGAGUUUCACCUGGAGGAAGUCGAGACCGAGCCAUGCAUACGAUACAGGUACAAUGCGAUCACGGCGGAGUGGUCUCAAGACACAGUGCACAUCAAGAUGUCUGGCCAGCCUUUUGGACGCGGGGCCAUGAGGGAAUGCUUCAGAACGAAGAAGCUGUCUAACUUCUCCCACAGUAGUAACUGGAAGAGUGCGUGUAACUAUGUGACAAAGCGCUACAUGGAGCCUGUGGACAGGGAUGUGUACUUUGAGGAUGUCCGGCUGCAGAUGGAGGCCAAACUCUGGGGAGAAGAGUACAACCGCCACAGGCCACCCAAGCAGGUGGACAUCAUGCAGAUGUGUGUGAUUGAAAUGAUGCAGCGUCCAGGUAAACCUCUGUACCACCUGGAACACUACAUCGAGGGGAAGUACACCAAAUACAACUCCAACUCCGGCUUCGUCAAGGACGACAACAUCAGGCUCACUCCACAGGCAUUCAGUCACUUCUCAUUUGAGCGUUCAGCCCACCAGCUGAUCGUGGUGGACAUCCAGGGGGUGGGGGACCUCUAUACGGACCCCCAGAUCCACACAGAGAAGGGCAAAGACUUUGGAAACGGAAACCUGGGUGUGCGGGGCAUGGCGCUGUUCUUCCACUCCCACCUGUGUAAUAAGAUCUGUAAGAGUAUGGGCCUCACACCCUUUGACCUCUCCACUGCAGAGAAAAGCCAGCUGGACUGCACCAACAGACUGCUGAGGUCGGCCCAGACGGUACUGAGGGGUAGUGAGGAACAGUGUGGUUCAGCUCGUGUUCGUACCAUCUCAGUGGGCCGUGCGCCCCCACUUCUCUCCCGUCUGUCAGAGACCUCGACCGGGAACGACACUUUAAGUGACUCCAACCCCUGCUCGCCUCUCGUCUUCCCCGGCUCCCCGCUAGGAGAGCACUUCUCUAUGGGCUCCAUGGGCAAGUCUCCUCUUGGUUGGUCUUUCGUAAAUGAGAUGGAUGAACGGGAGACACACAACCACAACAACAACCGCUGCCACAGCCCAGAACUCAUGGACUCAGAGAAUGGAGGAGACAGUGGGUGUCCAAGUGAGAGGAGGAGCGAAGGGGACCCCAAUGACCAUGCAGACGGGAGAAAGAUUCCCAGCAGAUCCUCCCUUAACCCAAACAUAAAUUAUCUUGCCGGGAACACCCCCAACAGCCAACAGCUGACAGAUGAGAAAUGGAGCGUCUACCACUCGUCUCGUUCUCACGUCCACCGGCCGUCCUGUGUUGCUGUGGAGAUGGAGAGACUCGACUCACUGAUCCUGGAGAGGAAGAUCGGAAAGUCCAUCCUGGGGAAAGUCCACCUGGCGAUGGUGAGUUACCACGAGGCUGGUCGGUUCUGUGAGAAGGAGGAGCAGUGGGACCAGGACUCAGCCAUGUACCACCUGGAGACAGCAGCCAUGUGUGGGGAACUAGAGGCUAUCGUUGCCCUGGGACAGUGUUACCUACAGCUGCCACACCAUAUACUGUCAGAGAUGGAGCUAGAGGACAACUCAGGGAGCCGUAUGAAGGGCUUUAAGUUCCUGCUGCAGGCUGCUGAGGCAGGAGACAGAUCCUGUAUGAUCCUGGUGGCCAGGGCCUUCGACACCGGCAUCAACCUCUCACCAGACAGGUCCCAGGACUGGAAGGAGGCGGUGAGCUGGUACGACUGUGCCCUGAACAUGACGGACUAUGACGAGGGGGGCGAGUUUGACGGCAUGCAGGACGAGCCUCCCUACCUGCUGCUGGCCAGAGAGGCUGAGAUGUACGAGGAGGGGGGCCACGGCCUGGACCCAGACCCACAGAGAGCAGGUGAUCUGUUCACAGAGGCAGCAGACGCAGCCAUGGAAGCAAUGAAGGGCCGACUGGCCAACCAGUACUAUAUGAAAGCAGAGGAGGCCUGGAGCAUGACGGAGGAAGAAGAGUAGGAGAAAGAGGGGACGUCACUCUGCAAGGCCAAAGGAAUCGGCUAAUGUUGUGAUGGAUCCUUCUCCCUAAUGGUUUAAAGUUUACAGACACUUAAAGUGAUUUCCUAAAUGCAUUGUGAGUGUAUGAUCUGUGUGUGACCAUUUAUGCAGCCUAGUUGUGUUUCUUGGUGAUUACAGAGGGAAUUCUGUCUUUAUUUGACUCUCUCUCUGUUUGGAGCUGGUCCUUGUCUUUUCAUCCAUUGUCCACUUUUCUAGUCCUGUCCCCAUUGCCCUUUGGCCAUACAGUGCAUUCGGAAAAGUAUUCAGACCCCUUGACUUUUUCCACAUUUUGUUACGUUACAGCCUUAUUC